UGUUCGGAAAUUAUGUCCCUCCGGUAGUGAAAUGUCAACGUGUGACGUGUAUGUAAUUUACAGCAGACGUUGAAAGUUUAUCGGAGGAAAAGAAUGGAGUAUUUUAAAAGCAGUCUGAAAUCCGUUUUAGGAACCGCUCCAGCUGGAACUCAGCCGACAGGUGCCGAUACGGUGGAAAGAUUAGUAGAUAGAUUGCAAUCUUCCACAUUACUCAAUGACAGAAGAGAUGCCUGUCGAGCACUCAAAGCAUUAUCACGCACAUAUCGUGUGGAAGUUGGUGCUCAAGGGAUGGAUGCGUUGAGGCAGGUGCUGGAAAUGGACAAGACAGAUUGCGAAAUAAUUGGUUUAGCUCUAGACACACUGUGUAAUAUUACAAGUCCUGACAUAUUUGAGGAAGAAAUGAACAACCACGAUCCUCAAGCCAAGAUAGGAGAACAGUUUACAGAAAUAUUUAUCAAGCAUUCAGAUAGUAUUGGAUUAGUACUAACAUUUCUUGAAGAGUUUGACUUUCGUGUCAGAUGGCCGGCGUUGAAAUUGUUAACACAUUUAUUAGCAAACAGAUCUAAAGAUAUUCAAGAAAUAAUUUUGAUCAGUCCUAUGGGAGUUUCUAAAUUGAUGGAUUUGCUGAGCGAUAGUAGAGAAGUUAUACGCAAUGAUGUUUUGUUGCUACUCAUUCAACUAACAAAAGGCAAUGCAAAUAUUCAAAAAAUAGUAGCAUUUGAAAAUGCAUUUGAUCGCAUAUUUGAUGUUAUUCAACAAGAGGGUAAUGCAGAUGGUGGUAUUGUUGUAGAAGAUUGUCUCUUAUUGAUGUUAAAUCUUCUCAGAGGAAAUGUCAGUAACCAAAACUUUUUUAAGGAAGGUAGUUAUAUUCAGAAAUUGACGCCAAUGUUUCAAAUACCCAAUGAAACAGAAGAUAAUAACUUUGGUGGUUGGAGUCCACAAAAAGUAUCCAAUGUUCACUGCAUGGUGCAAGUUGUACGAGCAUUGGUAGCACCAAGUGCACCUGCUCAGGCAGUUGCAGCUUGUCAACGAACUAUGAGAGCUUGUGGAUUGUUACAAGCAUUGUGCGAUAUAUUAAUGGCUAGUGGAGUACCUGCAGAUGUGUUGACAGAGACCAUUAAUACUGUAGCAGAAGUCAUAAGAGGAAAUGCUAGUAAUCAAGAAUUUUUGGCGAGUGUUAUGGCACCGAGCACUCCUCCAAGACCAGCUAUUGUUGUGUUAUUAAUGUCCAUGGUGAAUGAAAAGCAACCAUUCGUUCUGCGAUGUUCUGUACUAUAUUGCUUUCAAUGCUUUCUCUAUAAAAACGAAGUAGGACAGACACAGUUGAUUCAAACUUUAUUACCGCAAGGCAACGAAGCACCAUCGCUAACUACAGGACAGUUACUGUGCGGCGGAUUAUUUUCUGCAGAUUCACUGUCGAAUUGGUUUUCUGCAGUGGCAUUAUCUCACGCUUUGAUCGAGAAUAUAAGUCAGAAGGAACAGCUUUUAAGAGUGCUCCUUGCGACCAAUAUUGGGAAGCCACCGGUAACACUUAUACAACAAUGCGUUAUGUUGUUGCAACAGGGUAAUAAGACACAGUGUAAAUUGGGCUUAUUGAUGUUGCUCUGUCAAUGGACCUCGUAUUGUCCGCUCGCAGUCAAAUCAUUCCUAGCUAUCGAUUCCUCGGUAGCGUAUCUAACAGCCCUUCUAUCAUCGCAAGAGAAUAAUGAUGAUCUACAAGAAACUUUACUACAGAGCAUGUGCGCCUUACUUAUCGGUAUUUGCAUACAUUACAACGAUGAUAGUGUACCAAUUUAUACAAAGGAAAAAGUGUAUAAUUUAAUUGAGAAUAGAAUAGGUAUGGAAAAAUUUCAAGACGCGAUUGGCGGUAUUGCUAGACACGAAAUUUAUUCCCGAACGUUAAAACAUCCGCAACCUUCGGUGAAAAAUCCGUCAGAACUUUUAUUGGAUCACGAAUUUUGCAGAUUACUGAAAAGUUUAGAAGGUGUUGUAAUAAAAUCAGUGAUAGAUGCUAAUAAUAAACAUCAAAAUAGAAAUCAAUUAUCUAUGAGUGUAUCUGACAAUGCAUUGGUUUUGCAAUACAAAGAUCUUAUAAGAGAACAAGAUGUGCAAAUUCAAAAGCUGAAUCAAGUUAAUGAUACUUUAUUAAAAGAAAAACAAGAACUUGAGACACAACUGCAAGAACUUAAAUCAACUAUUAGUCAUUUAAGAGAUCAAAAUUUGGUUCUUCGAGCAGCACAAAUAAAUAUGGGGGAUGGAAAAGAGACAGUUAAUUCUAGUAGUAAUAUAGAUCUGGAAAAAGAAUUACAAACCUACAAAACAACAGUUGUAGAUUUAGAGAAUCGUUUAGCUGAAUAUGUGCACAUGACGCAAGAGCAUAAAGAGAAAAAUGAAAAGGAAUCAGAAUUAGAGAAUCAAUUAAAAUCAAAAACAGAGGAACUUGAAAAAUUGAAGAAAGACCAAGAAGAUCUUUUAGAACUUUUGACUGAUCAAGAUAGUAAAAUUAUGUUGUAUAAAGAAAGAUUAAUUGAAUUAGGCGACAAGGUCGAGUCUGAUGAAAGUUCAGGUGAGCUUGAUACAGAUGAUCAACCAGAAUCAAGCAAUUAAGAUAUUCUAAUUGAUCGUUUCAUCAGAUAAAUAACAAUUUUUUUUAUACAUAGUAAAUGUCUUUCUAUAAAAAUUUUAU